AUGGGCCGUCCCAAUCCUCCGCCUUUUCGCCUCGACUGCAUGGGCGACUUUGGCGACGACGACCAGCGCCCGGCCAAGCGCAUCAGGCUUGAUCAAGCCGGCGCUGGCCAGGGUGGCGCCCCUCCUGAAGGCCACGAAGAUGGUUUUCCCGAGGGUUGGGGUGCAUCGCAAUCCCUCCACUCAGAAUGGAUGUUUCCUGUCGCUACUGGCCCUUUGCCAAUGUCUAUCUCCGGGUCGGGAGUGGGAGUAGAGCCCAACUCCAAUGCCUCCAUGCCCAUGAACUCGUCCAUGACUGCACCCAUGAUCUCUCCUGUGGAUAACUCCAUGGCCCAGGUUCCUUGGGACAUGCAAUUCCAUUUCACGCCAAAUCCAACUGGCAUUUCCGCCACAUUUCCUGCGCCCCGGCAGCAAGCCUUGUUUGCUUUCGAGGACGGGCAACAGCUACUGCAACCUCCGCCGCCACAUCCCUCGAAAGCUAUUCGCAUUUUACACACGCAAUUGGUGUCCCGGGCGAAUCCUGGUGUUUUAGCAGCUAUACAGUCCCUCGCUGGUAUAUAUGUUUAUGACUAUCUGCCAGGCGACAUUCUACGGCGUCGAGUCAACGAAAGAUUUGCCAUCGCCGAAGCCCGGCUCAGCGAGCUGCUCCAGGAUACACGCAGUCUGGAUGACAACGAGUCAAGUGAGCUGGUCACGUUGGCGUCAUUGCUCUCCAUGCAAGAUGUGGUUCUCACGGAACGAAGGCUCCAAAAACCCUACCACCCUCGCUGGUUAACAGGAUUUAGACAGGCAGAGCAUGUGUUGCAGCACACAGAUCCAGGCUCUCGCUUUUACAAGGAGCAGAAUGUCCAAGUCUCCUCCUUACGCCUAUCACAAUCAGUCAUCGUUGGUCGAGCUGUCAUUUUGGCACAGCCAAUGAUGCCCCUCCCGCCUCUCGCCACUUUCAAUCCCGUUGCCGAAACAUCUAGAUUCGGAUUCCUCUUAUAUGGAUCUGAAGCGGACAUGUACGAAAUCCACGGUGGAUGCGGUUUCUCGAAACGCCUGCUGCAUAUCUUUAGCCAGGUAGCCUACUGCUCCACUCGCAUGCUACAAGACGCCGAAACACCUAUUGUGCCUGUAACUGCCCAGAUGCUCUACGGCCAGCUUAUGCAAUUGCAUCAAUGGAGUGGAGAAUACGAUAGCUGGGAGGCUGCUAAAAGUAGACCCCAACCGAUUGAAUGGAUUCGUCAGACGGACGAGAACUACAUUGUUCAAGAAGCGAAAGAGAUGACUGAGGUGACAGCAGAAGCGUGGAGACUAGCUGGAAUGGUCUAUUUACAGUGUCGACUAUUCAGACUCCCACGGAACCACUAUAUGGUGAUUGACAACAUAGCCGACUUGGCUAAGUGCAUUUCUAUUAUGCCAACGUCAGGCCCUGUAUUCACAGCCCAGGCCCCGUUGCUACCGGUCUUCUUCCUCGGGCUGUUAGCUACUGUGGAAGAACAUGUACAAGUCGCGGAGAUUUGGUUUCAGCAGGUUAUUAAAACUCCUGUCCGCAGUAGCGUGCCGCCACUUUAUCAAACUCUGGAACGUAUUCAGAGCUGGUUGGACCACGAAGUCCCAGUGCCUGCGAUAAACAUGGAACUGCCCCACGCCAUUGCCGAGAGGCAACCCUGGUGGGAGCACAUGGUGUCUAAGGUUCAAGAAAAGGAGAAUGAAGUCCUCUGCCUGACAUGA